CUAAACAUUUGUCAUUCGACUUACAUCAGAUCAGAAGCAUUUGCCAAAAACACAAUUUUUUAAUAUUUCACGUUUGCUCAAUUGUUGCGGCCAUGCCCUGUAGGAGGAAGACAAAGCUAUGGGAGUCGCACAUGGACAGUUCGGUCAUGAAGACCACCACACAGAUCAUGCUUGAGCAGGGCUCUCGGCCACAGCGCACCCUUUGCACUACGGACCACAAAUUAGUCAACUUUCAGUCCUUCAACAUGGAUGAUCCACGCUAUGGGCCUGUGGACCUCGAAGAGGAACUGAUACAGCCACUUAAGUCCGGCUAUAUGCGUGAGUAUACGCAGCCUUAUCCCUCACGCUGCAAGCCGCUGGAGCCCAAGGGGGGUACCCCCGACUUUAUGUUCAAUCGCUUGCCCAAGAACGACUUCGACCCGAACACUGGCACCUUUUACAAGUUUCUGGAUGAUCAUAUGCACGAUAUACCCGAGGUACGCAAGAAGGUCAACUUUUUCAGGCAGUUGAGAAAUCAAUCAUUUUUGCUUUAUUGAGGGCAGCGAAAUUUAAAAUUGUUGGAA